AUGCUGGCUGCCAUCUUUGCUAUGCUUGUGGUUGGCUCCUUUGCAGAUGAAUCGAUGCAAGCUUUGGCUGCAGAUGACGAGUCUGUCGCCAUCAACUUGCUUCAGCACAAGGGAACUGCUCAAGCAGAGGCCGACGAUGUGGAGGAAAUGGUGGAUGCUGAGAUGGCUGUCGAGAUGUCUGCUCCAGGAGCGGCCUUCUUGGAGGAGGGCGAGGGACGAUUCAGGUGCGGCAAGAUCUACUGUGCAGACACCAGUGGAACCUCUUGCUGUCAGCAACCCCGAAGCGCCAUAUGCUGCGGACCAGGUUUUCAUUGCCGCAGGGGGAAGCGUGGCCUGGCCAUGUGCAUGUGA